AUGGCAGAGGAACAGAAACCCACCCCGGAGAACAUGACCAUGCUGCAAGGCUUUGAAUGGUAUGUGCCGGCAGAUCAGAAACAUUGGGUGCGCCUAGAGAAGCAUGUCCCGCAGCUCAAGCAGUGGGGAGUCGACAACAUUUGGAUCCCCCCAGCAUGCAAGGGCUCGUCCACCUCUGGGAACGGGUACGACAUUUAUGAUCUGUACGACUUGGGCGAGUUCGACCAGAAGGGUGGCGUCGCUACCAAGUGGGGAAGCAAAGACGAUCUUCUAAAGCUCGCUGAGACGGCAAAGAGCAGUGGCGUUGGACUGUAUUUCGACGCCGUCUUGAAUCACAAGUUCGCUGCAGAUCGCAAGGAGAAGUGCCAAGCCGUGGAAGUUGAUGCCGAGGACCGUAACAAGAACAUCAGCGAUCAAUAUGAGAUCGAGGCUUGGGUUGGCUUCAACUUCCCAGGCCGCAAGGACAAGUACAGCAAGAUGAAGUGGCAUUGGUAUCACUUCAGCGGUGUCGACUAUAACGCCGCCAACAACAAGACCGGCAUCUUCAAGAUCAUGGGCGACAAGACGAAGGGCUGGGCAGAUGAUGGUGACGUCGACAGUGAAAAGGGCAACUACGACUUCUUGAUGGGCUCAGACAUUGACUACGAUCACCCAGAGGUUGUAGAGGAUACUCUGAACUGGGGCAAGUGGCUGGCAAAGGAACUUCCCCUGAAGGGCAUUCGGUUCGAUGCUAUCAAGCAUUACAGCGAAGAAUUCCUCCGCCAGUUCAUCACAACGUUGGAUGAGACCUAUGGCCAGGGCUGGUUCUUCGUGGGUGAGUUCUGGAAAGACAGCCUGGACGACAUGACCCGCUACCUGGACCGCAUGAACAAGAAGUUCUCGCUCUUUGAUGCACCGCUGGUCUACAACUUCAGCGAGAUCAGCAAGGGCAACGGUGCCGAUCUCAGAAAGGUGUUUGACAAGACUCUGGUGUCAGUCAUGCCCGUCAACGCUGUUACCCUGGUUAUGAACCAUGACACACAACCGUACCAGGCGCUCGAAGCCCCUAUAGAGGGCUGGUUCAAGCCAUUGGCGUAUACUCUCAUUCUGCUCCGCAACGAGGGCUACCCCUGUUUGUGGUACGGUGAUCUCUAUGGUAUCGACCCCAAGGGUGAACACCCCUUCCCACCCUCGUGCGGCGGUGCCCUCCCAAAGCUUGCCCUUGCCCGGAAGCUGUACGCGUACGGAGAGCAGGCGGAUUACUUUGACUAUGCGACGUGCUUGGGCUGGGUUCGCUACGGCACCUGGGACAGGCGUUUCGGAUGCGCUGUAGUCCUCAGCAAUGCAGGUCCUGGUGAGAAGCGGAUGCACGUCGGAGAGAUGCAUGCUGGUGAGGUGUGGACAGAUGUUCUCGGCUGGUCAGACAGGGAAGUUACUAUCGGCGAGGACGGAUUCGGAGUGUUCGUCUGCGGCGGCACGAGCGUCAGCAUCUUCGUCAACCGAGAGGCGGAAGGCAGAGAGAAGUUCUCGGAAACAUUUAACGACAAAAUUUAUGACGAAUAG